AGAGGGAUCCAGCUACUACCAACCACAGGAUGGCAGAGAAGUAGCAGAGGAGAAAUACCAGAAUACCCUCUCACUCUCCAAUCCUGUUCGUGCCUCCGUGAGCUAAUCCAAACAGAAAGCCAGAGGUUAGGCGCCGAACCCCACCGGGACGGAGAGGAAAUUCACAUCUGUGGGACGCUCCGCACGGAACCACCUCCAGCGCGCGAGGCCCGGGGACUGCAGCAGCGCGAUGAAGGGCUAGACCGCGGGGACGCUGCUCAUGCGACGGCCGGGAGCGCCUGCGAGCUGGAUCUGGUGGAGGAUGCUGCGGCAGGUGCUUCGCAGAGGGCUCCAAUCGUUCUGCCACAGGCUGGGCUUGUGCGUGAGCCGGCACCCGGUCUUUUUCCUCACCGUGCCCGCAGUCCUGACCAUCACCUUCGGCCUCAGCGCGCUCAACCGCUUCGAGCCCGAGGGCGACCUGGAGCGCCUGGUCGCUCCCAGCCACAGCCUGGCCAAGAUCGAGCGCAGCCUGGCCAGCAGCCUUUUCCCCCUGGACCAGUCCAAAAGCCAGCUCUAUUCGGACUUACACACCCCUGGGAGGUAUGGCAGGGUGAUCCUCCUCUCCCCACCCGGGGACAAUAUUUUGCUCCAGGCUGAGGGGAUCCUGCAGACCCACCGAGCCGUGCUGGAAAUGAAGGAUGGGAGGAACGGUUUUAUUGGACACCAACUGGGCGGGGUAGUGGAAGUACCAAACAGCAAGGACCAGCGGGUCAAGUCAGCCAGAGCCAUUCAAAUCACCUACUACCUCCAGACCUAUGGCUCUGCCACCCAAGACCUCAUAGGGGAGAAGUGGGAGAAUGAGUUCUGUAAGCUUAUGAGGAAGCUCCAGGAGGAGCACCAAGACCUCCAGCUCUACUCUUUAGCAUCUUUUAGCCUCUGGAGAGACUUUCAUAAGACCAGCAUCAUGGCCAGAAGCAAAGUCCUGGUGAGCCUCGUGCUGAUCCUGACCACAGCCACCCUGUCCAGCUCCAUGAAGGACUGCUUGCGCAGUAAGCCCUUCCUGGGCCUCCUGGGGGUGCUCACGGUGUGCAUCUCCAUCAUCACGGCAGCAGGGAUCUUCUUCAUCACUGAUGGAAAGUACAACUCCACCCUGCUGGGAAUCCCGUUCUUCGCCAUGGGUCAUGGAACUAAAGGAGUAUUUGAGCUUCUGUCUGGAUGGCGGAGAACCAAAGAGAAUUUACCCUUCAAAGACAGGAUAGCAGAUGCCUAUUCUGAUGUGAUGGUCACCUACACCAUGACCAGCUCCCUGUACUUUAUCACCUUUGGCAUGGGUGCCAGCCCAUUCACAAACAUAGAGGCUGUGAAGGUCUUCUGUCAAAACAUGUGUGUCUCAAUUCUGUUGAACUACUUCUACAUUUUCUCCUUCUUUGGCUCCUGUCUCGUCUUUGCUGGCCAACUAGAGCAAAACCGCUACCACAGCAUCUUCUGCUGCAAGAUCCCUUCUGCAGAGUACCUGGAUCGCAAGCCCGUGUGGUUCCAGGCAGUGAUGAGCGACGGGCAUCAACAGACAUCCCAUCACGAGACCAACCCCUAUCAGCACCACUUCAUUCAGCACUUCCUCCGAGAACAUUACAAUGAGUGGAUUACCAAUAUCUACGUGAAGCCAUUUGUUGUCAUCCUGUAUCUCAUUUAUGCCUCCUUCUCCUUCAUGGGAUGCUUACAGAUCAGUGACAGAGCCAACAUCAUCAACCUACUAGCCAGUGAUUCCCCAAGCGUCUCCUUCGCCAUGGUUCAACAAAAAUAUUUCAGCAACUACAGCCCUGUGAUAGGAUUCUACGUCUACGAGCCCCUGGAGUACUGGAACAGCAGCGUCCAGGAAGACCUACGAAGGCUGUGUAGUGGAUUCACUGCAGUGUCCUGGGUGGAGCAGUACUACCAGUUCCUGAAAGUCAGCAACGUCAGUGCCAAUAACAAGAGUGACUUCAUCAGUGUCCUACAGAGCUCAUUUUUAAAAAAGCCAGAAUUCCAGCACUUUCGAAACGAUAUCAUCUUCUCCAAGGCGGGAGAUGAAAACAACAUCAUUGCUUCUCGCUUGUAUCUAGUGGCCAGGACUAGCAGAGACAAGCAGAAGGAAGUCAUAGAAGUGUUAGAAAAGUUGAGGCCCCUAUCCCUCUCAAAGAGCAUCCGAUUCAUCGUGUUCAACCCCUCCUUUGUUUUCAUGGACCAUUACAGCUUGUCUGUCACAGUGCCUGUUCUGAUUGCAGGCUUUGGUGUUCUCCUGGUGUUAAUCCUGACUUUUUUCCUAGUGAUCCACCCUCUGGGAAACUUCUGGCUAAUUCUUAGCGUCACCUCAAUUGAGCUGGGCGUUCUGGGCUUAAUGACAUUAUGGAACGUCGACAUGGAUUGCAUUUCUAUCUUGUGCCUUAUCUACACCUUGAAUUUCGCCAUUGACCACUGUGCACCACUGCUUUACACAUUUGUAUUAGCAACUGAGCACACCCGAACACAGUGUAUAAAAAGCUCCCUGCAAGAGCAUGGGACAGCCAUUUUGCAAAAUGUUACUUCUUUUCUUAUCGGGUUGGUCCCCCUUCUAUUUGUGCCUUCGAACCUGACCUUCACACUGUUCAAAUGCUUGCUGCUCACUGGGGGUUGCACACUUCUGCACUGUUUUGUUAUUUUACCUGUGUUCCUAACCUUCUUCCCCCCUUCCAAAAAGCACCACAAGAAAAAGAAAAGGGCCAAACGAAAGGAGAGAGAGGAAAUCGAAUGCAUAGAAAUUCAAGAGAACCCUGAUCACGUCACUACAGUCUGAGGGGUGCAGACUAAUGGAUUAUUUUUCUUUUCCAGUAUCGCACAAUGAUGCAGGGCGAGGAAAGCUCAGACCUCAGCUG